AUGAAAAAGAAAGAAACAUGUGGUGAUGAUGAAGUGUUGUUGGUGCAAGCAUGUUUGCGAGAAGAUCAGCUACCAAAUAGACAAGAAUAUUCAAAUAAGUUGUUAGAGCUAUGCAAAAAAGGUGUAAAAGUAAUAUGUCUUGUUGGCAUGGGUGGAAUAGGCAAGACAACAAUAGAAAAGUUUACAUAUAAUAAUAUGAAGUGUAUGUAUGAUGCCUCAUGCUUUAUUGAAAACAUGCAAAAUAGUGGUAAUAGCUACACCAUUUGUUGCAAUAUUUUGGAAGAAUUCAAGAUUGAAGAAACACCUAAGACUUUGGAAGAUGCACAAGUGCUAUUGAAAUCACACUUGAAGUCAAAAAAAACCAUCUUGGUAUUUGACGAUAUACCUAUAAAUGAGUUUUGUGCAAGCAAUGGAAGCACUUUGAUUGUAACUACACAAAGUUGGAAUUCCAUGAAGCAUUGUUCUAUAAAAAUUGAUAGAAUGAAUAUUGAAGAACUUGAAGAAGGUACAAGUUUAGAGUUGUUUUUGACUCAUUUUCAUGAAAAACAAGUUGAAUUGCCCAAGGAACUUCAUGAUGUAGGUAAAAAGAUUGUGAAAGCUUGCAAUGGCUUACCUUUAAGCUUAAAAGUUAUGGGAGCAUUUUUAAGAGGAUAAAAGAGAGUAAGAUGUUGAGAGCAAGCUUUACAAAGGUUGAAAAGAGCAAGAAAUGUGGAUGGAGAUGAAGAAAAUAGCCACCAUAAGAUUUGGAAAAUAUUGAGAGUAAGCUUUGAUUACUUAAAAGUUGAAGAAAAGAACAUAUUUUUGGACAUUUGUUGUUUUUUUACUAGUGAUGUGUAUCCACAUGGAAUGUCAAAAGAAAGAGCUUUGCGAAUAUGGACAAACAAUGAAGGAUUGGAUUUAA